CCGCUCAAACCAGAUUAGCAUUCAGAGAAAUUCCUGUUCGUGGAAGGAAGGAUUACACUGACUAGACAUUACUGCAAUCGAAAUAUCCAUCAUGCCACGCUACAAGCUCGUGUAUUUCGAUGUGAGAGGAAGAGCAGAAAUCAGUCGCUACCUGUUUGCCUAUUCAGGCAUAAAGUACGAGGAUCACAGGAUAAAACUAGAGGAUUGGGCCAAGAUCAAACCAACUAUCCCAUUUGGAAAAAUCCCCAUCUUAGAAGUGGACGGAGUUAUCAUUCAUCAGAGCCUGGCCAUAGGCAGAUACCUGGCCAAAGAAACAGGUCUGGCCGGUCAGACUCCUCUGGAACAAGCUCUGGCUGAUGCCAUUGUGGACACCAUUGAUGACUUCGUGUCCAUGUUUCCCUGGGCAGAGAAGAAUCCGGAUGUGAAACAACAGAUCUAUAACGACCUCCUAACUAAUACAGCUCCUGGACUACUACAAGAUUUGGAUAAUUUCUUAGGGGAUAAAAAGUGGCUGGUUGGGAAAUCUGUAACCUGGGCUGAUUUCUACUGGGAUGUGUGCAGUACAACUUUUCUGGUCCUUAGGCCUGGCCUGGUGGACAACUAUCCAAAACUUUUGGCUCUGAAAGAGAGAGUACAAGCACUUCCUGCUAUUGCAGCCUGGAUUGAGCAGAGACCAAAGACUACACUAUAGAUCAGCCUUUCUGGUUUUGAAAAACAUGUGCAUUUAUUCAAAAUAACUCAGCACGUCUAAUUUCUUCUAGAGUUACUAUUUUACAAAAAUUAUGACAACUCAGUGCCCAAUAUGAUUCGGUCUAUCACACUGCUUGGGACAUAUUUUUAGCCAUAUUAAAUUCUUCCUCUUCCCUGCAUUCAUUAGUUUUCAAGGAUAAGGAGAAUACUUGUCAAUGGAACAAGUUUCAGAGUAGUUAACAUUUAAUUGUUUUACAUGUGUGCAAUUUGAAAGAUGCAAAAUAAAUUAAAUGCUGCUAUUAUCAUUAUAAAAUGGACCAAAAUA